AUGCAGGAGAGGGGGAAAGGGGGCUGGAGUGGGUGGAAAGCAUUUUGGAGAGGGGGAAGGGGGGCUGGAGUGGGUGGAAAGCAUUUUGGAGAGGGGGAAGGGGGGCUGGAGUGGGUGGAAAGCAUGCAGGAGAGGGGGAAGGGGGGCUGGAGUGGGUGGAAAAGCAUGCAGGAGAGGGGGAAGGGGGGCUGGAGUGGGUGGAAAGCAUGCAGGAGAGGGGGAAGGGGGGCUGGAGUGGGUGGAAAGCAUGCAGGAGAGGGGGAAGGGGGGCUGGAGUGGGUGGAAAGCAUGCAGGAGAGGGGGAAGUGGGGCUGGAGUGGGUGGGUGGAAAGCAUGCAGGAGAGGGGGAAGGGGGGCUGGAGUGGGUGGAAAGCAUGCAGGAGAGGUGGAAGUGGGGCUGGAGUGGGUGGAAAGCAUGCAGGAGAGGGGGAGGGGGGGCUGGAGUGGGUGGAAAGCAUGCAGGAGAGGGGGAAGUGGGGCUGGAGUGGGUGGAAAGCAUGCAGGAGAGGGGGAAGGGGGGCUGGAGUGGGUGGAAAGCAUUUUGGAGAGGGGGAAGGGGGGCUGGAGUGGGUGGAAAGCAUGCAGGAGAGGGGGAAAGGGGGCUGGAGUGGGUGGAAAGCAUGCAGGAGAGGGGGAAUGGGGGCUAAGGUGGGUCGGAAAGCAUGCAGGAGAGGGGGAAGGGGGGCUGGAGUGGGUGGAAAGCAUGCAGGAGAGGGGGAAGUGGGGCUGGAGUGGGUGGAAAGCAUGCAGGAGAGGGAGAAGGGGGGCUGGAGUGGGUGGAAAGCAUGCAGGAGAGGGGGAAGUGGGGCUGGAGUGGGUGGAAAGCAUGCAGGAGAGGGGGAAGUGGGGCUGGAGUGGGUGGAAAGCAUGCAGGAGAGGGGGAAGUGGGGCUGGAGUGGGUGGAAAGCAUGCAGGAGAGGGGGAAGGGGGGCUAAAGUGGGUGGAAAGCAUGCAGGAGAGGGGGAAGUGGGGCUGGAGUGGUUGGAAAGCAUGCAGGAGAGGGGGAAUGGGGGCUGGAGUGGGUGGAAAGCAUGCAGGAGAGGGGGAAGGGGGGCUAAAGUGGGUGGAAAGCAUGCAGGAGAGGGGGAAGGGGGGCUGGAGUGGGUGGAAAGCAUGCAGGAGAGGGGGAAGUGCGGCUGGAGUGAGUGGAAAGCAUGCAGGAGAGGGGGAAGGGGGGCUGGAGUGGGUGGAAAGCAUGCAGGAGAGGGGGAAGGGGGGCUGGAGUGGGUGGAAAGCAUGCAGGAGAGGGGGAAGAGAGGGGGAAGGGGGGCUGGAGUGGGUGGAAAGCAUGCAGGAGAGGGGGAAGUGGGGCUGGAGUGGGUGGAAAGCAUGCAGGAGAGGGGGAAGGGGGGCUGGAGUGGGUGGAAAGCAUGCAGGAGAGGGGGAAGUGGGGCUGGAGUGGGUGGAAAGCAUGCAGGAGAGGGGGAAGUGGGGCUGGAGUGGGUGGAAAGCAUGCAGGAGAGGGGGAAGUGGGGCUGGAGUGGGUGGAAAGCAUGCAGGAGAGGGGGAAGGGGGGCUAAAGUGGGUGGAAAGCAUGCAGGAGAGGGGGAAGGGGGGCUGGAGUGGGUGGAAAGCAUGCAGGAGAGGGGGAAGUGCGGCUGGAGUGAGUGGAAAGCAUGCAGGAGAGGGGUCAGGGGGGCUGGAGUGGGUGGAAAGCAUGCAGGAGAGGGGGAAGUGGGGCUGGAGUGGGUGGAGAGCAUGCAGGAGAGGGGGAAGGGGGGCUGGAGUGGGUGGAAAGCAUGCAGGAGAGGGGGAAGGGGGGCUGGAGUGGGUGGAAAGCAUGCAGGAGAGGGGGAAGGGGGGCUGGAGUGGGUGGAAAGCAUGCAGGAGAGGGGGAAGUGGGGCUGGAGUGGGUGGAGAGCAUGCAGGAGAGGGGGAAGGGGGGCUGGAGUGGGUGGAAAGCAUGCAGGAGAGGGGGAAGGGGGGCUGGAGUGGGUGGAAAGCAUGCAGGAGAGGGGGAAGGGGGGCUGGAGUGGGUGGAAAGCAUGCAGGAGAGGGGGAAGUGGGGCUGGAGUGGGUGGAAAGCAUGCAGGAGAGGGGGAAGGGGGGCUGGAGUGGGUGGAAAGCAUGCAGGAGAGGGGGAAGUGCGGCUGGAGUGAGUGGAAAGCAUGCAGGAGAGGGGGAAGGGGGGCUGGAGUGGGUGGAAAGCAUGCAGGAGAGGGGGAAGUGGGGCUGGAGUGGGUGGAAAGCAUGCAGGAGAGGGGGAAGGGGGCUGAAGUGGGUGGAAAGCAUGCAGGAGAGGGGGAAGGGGGGCUGGAGUGGGUGGAAAGCAUGCAGGAGAGGGGGAAGAGAGGGGGAAGUGGGGCUGGAGUGGGUGGAGAGCAUGCAGGAGAGGGGGAAGGGGGGCUGAGUGGGUGGAAAGCAUGCAGGAGAGGGGGAAGGGGGGCUGGAGUGGGUGGAACGCAUGCAGGAGAGGGGGAAGGGGGGCUGGAGUGGGUAGGAAAGCAUGCAGGAGAGGGGGAAGUGGGGCUGGAGUGGGUGGAGAGCAUGCAGGAGAGGGGGAAGGGGGGCUGGAGUGGGUGGAAAGCAUGCAGGAGAGGGGGAAGGGGGGCUGGAGUGGGUGGAAAGCAUGCAGGAGAGGGGGAAGGGGGGCUGGAGUGGGUGGAAAGCAUGCAGGAGAGGGGGAAGUGGGGCUGGAGUGGGUGGAAAGCAUGCAGGAGAGGGGGAAGGGGGGCUGGAGUGGGUGGAAAGCAUUUUGGAGAGGGGGAAGGGGGGCUGGAGUGGGUGGAAAGCAUGCAGGAGAGGGGGAAAGGGGGCUGGAGUGGGUGGAAAGCAUGCAGGAGAGGGGGAAUGGGGGCUAAGGUGGGUGGAAAGCAUGCAGGAGAGGGGGAAGGGGGGCUGGAGUGGGUGGAAAGCAUGCAGGAGAGGGGGAAGUGGGGCUGGAGUGGGUGGAAAGCAUGCAGGAGAGGGGGAAGGGGGGCUGGAGUGGGUGGAAAGCAUGCAGGAGAGGGGGAAGUGGGGCUGGAGUGGGUGGAAAGCAUGCAGGAGAGGGGGAAGUGGGGCUGGAGUGGGUGGAAAGCAUGCAGGAGAGGGGGAAGUGGGGCUGGAGUGGGUGGAAAGCAUGCAGGAGAGGGGGAAGGGGGGCUAAAGUGGGUGGAAAGCAUGCAGGAGAGGGGGAAGGGGGGCUGGAGUGGGUGGAAAGCAUGCAGGAGAGGGGGAAGUGCGGCUGGAGUGAGUGGAAAGCAUGCAGGAGAGGGGGAAGGGGGGCUGGAGUGGGUGGAAAGCAUGCAGGAGAGGGGAAGUGGGGCUGGAGUGGGUGGAAGCAUGCAGGAGAGGGGGAAGGGGGGCUGGAGUGGGUGGAAAGCAUGCAGGAGAGGGGGAAGUGGGGCUGGAGUGGGUGGAAAGCAUGCAGGAGAGGGGGAAGUGGGGCUGGAGUGGGUGGAAAGCAUGCAGGAGAGGGGGAAGGGGGGCUGGAGUGGGUGGAAAGCAUGCAGGAGAGGGGAAGGGGGCUGGAGUGGGUGGAAGCAUGCAGGAGAGGGGGAAGUGGGCUGGAGUGAGGUGGAAAGCAUGCAGGAGAGGGGGCAGGGGGGCUGGAGUGGGUGGAAAGCAUGCAGGAGAGGGGAAGUGGGGCUGGAGUGGGUGGAAGCAUGCAGGAGAGGGGGAAGGGGGCUGGAGUGGGUGGAAAGCAUGCAGGAGAGGGGGAAUGGGGGCUGGAGGUGGGUGGAAAGCAUGCAGGAGAGGGGGAAGGGGGGCUGGAGUGGGUGGAAAGCAUGCAGGAGAGGGGGAAGUGGGGCUGGAGUGGGUGGAAAGCAUGCAGGAGAGGGGGAAGGGGGGCUGGAGUGGGUGGAAAGCAUGCAGGAGAGGGGGAAGGGGGGCUGGAGUGGGUGGAAAGCAUGCAGGAGAGGGGGAAGUGGGGCUGGAGUGGGUGGAAAGCAUGCAGGAGAGGGGGAAGGGGGGCUGGAGUGGGUGGAAAGCAUUUUGGAGAGGGGGAAGGGGGGCUGGAGUGGGUGGAAAGCAUGCAGGAGAGGGGGAAAGGGGGCUGGAGUGGGUGGAAAGCAUGCAGGAGAGGGGGAAUGGGGGCUAAGGUGGGUGGAAAGCAUGCAGGAGAGGGGGAAGGGGGGCUGGAGUGGGUGGAAAGCAUGCAGGAGAGGGGGAAAGGGGGCUGGAGUGGGUGGAAAGCAUUUUGGAGAGGGGGAAGGGGGGCUGGAGUGGGUGGAAAGCAUUUUGGAGAGGGGGAAGGGGGGCUGGAGUGGGUGGAAAGCAUGCAGGAGAGGGGGAAGGGGGGCUGGAGUGGGUGGAAAGCAUGCAGGAGAGGGGGAAGUAGGGCUGGAGUGGGUGGAAAGCAUGCAGGAGAGGGGGAAUGGGGGCUGGAGUGGGUGGAAAGCAUGCAGGAGAGGGGGAAUGGGGGCUAAGGUGGGUGGAAAGCAUGCAGGAGAGGGGGAAGGGGGGCUGGAGUGGGUGGAAAGCAUUUUGGAGAGGGGGAAGGGGGGCUGGAGUGGGUGGAAAGCAUGCAGGAGAGGGGGAAAGGGGGCUGGAGUGGGUGGAAAGCAUUUUGGAGAGGGGGAAGGGGGGCUGGAGUGGGUGGAAAGCAUUUUGGAGAGGGGGAAGGGGGGCUGGAGUGGGUGGAAAGCAUGCAGGAGAGGGGGAAGGGGGGCUGGAGUGGGUGGAAAGCAUGCAGGAGAGGGGGAAGGGGGGCUGGAGUGGGUGGAAAGCAUGCAGGAGAGGGGGAAGGGGGGCUGGAGUGGGUGGAAAGCAUGCAGGAGAGGGGGAAGUGGGGCUGGAGUGGGUGGAAAGCAUGCAGGAGAGGGGGAAGGGGGGCUGGAGUGGGUGGAAAGCAUUUUGGAGAGGGGGAAGGGGGGCUGGAGUGGGUGGAAAGCAUGCAGGAGAGGGGGAAAGGGGGCUGGAGUGGGUGGAAAGCAUGCAGGAGAGGGGGAAUGGGGGCUAAGGUGGGUGGAAAGCAUGCAGGAGAGGGGGAAGGGGGGCUGGAGUGGGUGGAAAGCAUGCAGGAGAGGGGGAAGUGGGGCUGGAGUGGGUGGAAAGCAUGCAGGAGAGGGGGAAGUGGGGCUGGAGUGGGUGGAAAGCAUGCAGGAGAGGGGGAAGUGGGGCUGGAGUGGGUGGAAAGCAUGCAGGAGAGGGGGAAGUGGGGCUGGAGUGGGUGGAAAGCAUGCAGGAGAGGGGGAAGGGGGGCUAAAGUGGGUGGAAAGCAUGCAGGAGAGGGGGAAGGGGGGCUGGAGUGGGUGGAAAGCAUGCAGGAGAGGGGGAAGUGCGGCUGGAGUGAGUGGAAAGCAUGCAGGAGAGGGGGAAGGGGGGCUGGAGUGGGUGGAAAGCAUGCAGGAGAGGGGGAAGUGGGGCUGGAGUGGGUGGAAAGCAUGCAGGAGAGGGGGAAGUGGGGCUAGAGUGGGUGGAAAGUAUGCAGGAGAGGGGGAAGGGGGGCUAAGUGGGUGGAAAGCAUGCAGGAGAGGGGGAAGGGGGGCUGGAGUGGGUGGAAAGCAUGCAGGAGAGGGGGAAGGGGGGCUGGAGUGGGUGGAAAGCAUGCAGGAGAGGGGGAAGUGGGCUGGAGUGGGUGGAAAGCAUGCAGGAGAGGGGUCAGGGGGGCUGGAGUGGGUGGAAAGCAUGCAGGAGAGGGGGAAGUGGGGCUGGAGUGGGUGGAGAGCAUGCAGGAGAGGGGGAAGGGGGGCUGGAGUGGGUGGAAAGCAUGCAGGAGAGGGGGAAGGGGGGCUGGAGUGGGUGGAAAGCAUGCAGGAGAGGGGGAAGGGGGGCUGGAGUGGGUGGAAAGCAUGCAGGAGAGGGGGAAGUGGGGCUGGAGUGGGUGGAGAGCAUGCAGGAGAGGGGGAAGGGGGGCUGGAGUGGGUGGAAAGCAUGCAGGAGAGGGGGAAGGGGGGCUGGAGUGGGUGGAAAGCAUGCAGGAGAGGGGGAAGGGGGGCUGGAGUGGGUGGAAAGCAUGCAGGAGAGGGGGAAGUGGGGCUGGAGUGGGUGGAAAGCAUGCAGGAGAGGGGGAAGAGAGGGGGAAGUGGGGCUGGAGUGGGUGGAGAGCAUGCAGGAGAGGGGGAAGGGGGGCUGGAGUGGGUGGAAAGCAUGCAGGAGAGGGGGAAGGGGGGCUUGAGUGGGUGGAAAGCAUGCAGGAGAGGGGGAAGGGGGGCUGGAGUGGGUGGAAAGCAUGCAGGAGAGGGGGAAGUGGGGCUGGAGUGGGUGGAGAGCAUGCAGGAGAGGGGGAAGGGGGGCUGGAGUGGGUGGAAAGCAUGCAGGAAAGGGGGAAUGGGGGCUAAGGUGGGUGGAAAGCAUGCAGGAGAGGGGGAAGGGGGGCUGGAGUGGGUGGAAAGCAUGCAGGAGAGGGGGAAGUGGGGCUGGAGUGGGUGGAAAGCAUGCAGGAGAGGGGGAAGUGGGGCUGGAGUGGGUGGAAAGCAUGCAGGAGAGGGGGAAGUGGGGCUGGAGUGGGUGGAAAGCAUGCAGGAGAGGGGGAAGUGGGGCUGGAGUGGGUGGAAAGCAUGCAGGAGAGGGGGAAGGGGGCUAAAGUGGGUGGAAAGCAUGCAGGAGAGGGGGAAGGGGGGCUGGAGUGGGUGGAAAGCAUGCAGGAGAGGGGGAAGUGCGGCUGGAGUGAGUGGAAAGCAUGCAGGAGAGGGGGAAGGGGGGCUGGAGUGGGUGGAAAGCAUGCAGGAGAGGGGGAAGUGGGGCUGGAGUGGGUGGAAAGCAUGCAGGAGAGGGGGAAGUGGGGCUGGAGUGGGUGGAAAGUAUGCAGGAGAGGGGGAAGGGGGGCUAAAGUGGGUGGAAAGCAUGCAGGAGAGGGGGAAGGGGGGCUGGAGUGGGUGGAAAGCAUGCAGGAGAGGGGGAAGUGCGGCUGGAGUGAGUGGAAAGCAUGCAGGAGAGGGGAGAGGGGGAAGGGGGCUGGAGUGGGUGAAAGCAUGCAGGAGAGGGGGAAGUGGGGCUGGAGUGGGUGGAAAGCAUGCAGGAGAGGGGGAAGGGGGGCUGGAGUGGGUGGAAGCAUGCAGGAGAGGGGGAAGUGGGGCUGGAGUGGGUGGAAAGCAUGCAGGAGAGGGGGAAGGGGGGCUGGAGUGGGUGGAAAGCAUGCAGGAGAGGGGGAAGGGGGGCUGGAGUGGGUGGAAAGCAUGCAGGAGAGGGGGAAGGGGGGCUGGAGUGGGUGGAAAGCAUGCAGGAGAGGGGGAAGGGGGGCUGGAGUGGGUGGAAAGCAUGCAGGAGAGGGGGAAGGGGGCUGGAGUGGGUGGAAAGCAUUGCAGGAGAGGGGGAAGUGGGGCUGGAGUGGGUGGAAAGCAUGCAGGAGAGGGGGAAGUGGGGCUGGAGUGGGUGGAAAGUAUGCAGGAGAGGGGGAGGGGGGAAGUGGGUGGAAGCAUGCAGGAGAGGGGAAGGGGGGCUGGAGUGGGUGGAAAGCAUGCAGGAGAGGGGGAAGGGGGGCUGGAGUGGGUGGAAAGCAUGCAGGAGAGGGGGAAGUGCGGCUGGAGUGAGUGGAAAGCAUGCAGGAGAGGGGUCAGGGGGGCUGGAGUGGGUGGAAAGCAUGCAGGAGAGGGGGAAGUGGGGCUGGAGUGGGUGGAGAGCAUGCAGGAGAGGGGGAAGGGGGCUGGAGUGGGUGGAAAGCAUGCAGGAGAGGGGGAAGGGGGGCUGGAGUGGGUGGAAAGCAUGCAGGAGAGGGGGAAGUGGGGCUGGAGUGGGAGAGGGGGAAGUGGGGCUGGAGUGGGUGGAGAGCAUGCAGGAGAGGGGGAAGGGGGGCUGGAGUGGGUGGAAAGCAUGCAGGAGAGGGGGAAGGGGGGCUGGAGUGGGUGGAAAGCAUGCAGGAGAGGGGGACGGGGGGCUGGAGUGGGUGGAAAGCAUGCAGGAGAGGGGGAAGUGGGGCUGGAGUGGGUGGAAAGCAUGCAGGAGAGGGGGAAGGGGGGCUGGAGUGGGUGGAAAGCAUUUUGGAGAGGGGGAAGGGGGCUGGAGUGGGUGGAAAGCAUGCAGGAGAGGGGGAAGGGGGCUGGAGUGGGUGGAAAGCAUGCAGGAGAGGGGGAAGGGGGCUGGAGUGGGUGGAAAGCAUGCAGGAGAGGGGGAAUGGGGGCUAAGGUGGGUGGAAAGCAUGCAGGAGAGGGGGAAGGGGGGCUGGAGUGGGUGGAAAGCAUGCAGGAGAGGGGGAAGUGGGGCUGGAGUGGGUGGAAAGCAUGCAGGAGAGGGGGAAGGGGGGCUGGAGUGGGUGGAAAGCAUGCAGGAGAGGGGGAAGUGGGGCUGGAGUGGGUGGAAAGCAUGCAGGAGAGGGGGAAGUGGGGCUGGAGUGGGUGGAAAGCAUGCAGGAGAGGGGGAAGUGGGGCUGGAGUGGGUGGAAAGCAUGCAGGAGAGGGGGAAGGGGGGCUAAAGUGGGUGGAAAGCAUGCAGGAGAGGGGGAAGGGGGCUGGAGUGGGAGAGGGGGAAGGGGGGCUGGAGUGGGUGGAAAGCAUGCAGGAGAGGGGGAAGGGGGGCUGGAGUGGGUGGAAAGCAUGCAGGAGAGGGGGAAGGGGGCUGGAGUGGGAGGAAGCAUGCAGGAGAGGGGGAAGUGGGGCUGGAGUGGGUGGAGAGCAUGCAGGAGAGGGGGAAGGGGGGCUGGAGUGGGUGGAACGCAUGCAGGAGAGGGGGAAGGGGGGCUGGAGUGGGUGGAAAGCAUGCAGGAGAGGGGGAAGGGGGGCUGGAGUGGGUGGAAAGCAUGCAGGAGAGGGGGAAGUGGGGCUGGAGUGGGUGGAAAGCAUGCAGGAGAGGGGGAAGGGGGGCUGGAGUGGGUGGAAAGCAUUUUGGAGAGGGGGAAGGGGGGCUGGAGUGGGUGGAAAGCAUGCAGGAGAGGGGGAAGGGGGGCUGGAGUGGGUGGAAAGCAUUUUGGAGAGGGGGAAGGGGGGCUGGAGUGGGUGGAAAGCAUUUUGGAGAGGGGGAAGGGGGGCUGGAGUGGGUGGAAAGCAUGCAGGAGAGGGGGAAGGGGGGCUGGAGUGGGUGGAAAAGCAUGCAGGAGAGGGGGAAGGGGGGCUGGAGUGGGUGGAAAGCAUGCAGGAGAGGGGGAAGGGGGGCUGGAGUGGGUGGAAAGCAUGCAGGAGAGGGGGAAGUGCGGCUGGAGUGAGUGGAAAGCAUGCAGGAGAGGGGGAAGGGGGGCUGGAGUGGGUGGAAAGCAUGCAGGAGAGGGGGAAGGGGGGCUGGAGUGAGUGGAAAGCAUGCAGGAGAGGGGGAAGGGGGGCUGGAGUGGGUGGAAAGCAUGCAGGAGAGGGGGAAGGGGGGCUGGAGUGGGUGGAAAGCAUGCAGGAGAGGGGGAAGUGCGGCUGGAGUGAGUGGAAAGCAUGCAGGAGAGGGGGAAGGGGGGCUGGAGUGGGUGGAAAGCAUGCAGGAGAGGGGGAAGGGGGGCUGGAGUGGGUGGAAAGCAUGCAGGAGAGGGGGAAGUGGGGCUGGAGUGGGUGGAGAGCAUGCAGGAGAGGGGGAAUGGGGGCUGGAGUGGGUGGAAAGCAUGCAGGAGAGGGGGAAUGGGGGCUAAGGUGGGUGGAAAGCAUGCAGGAGAGGGGGAAGGGGGGCUGGAGUGGGUGGAAAGCAUGCAGGAGAGGGGGAAGUGGGGCUGGAGUGGGUGGAAAGCAUGCAGGAGAGGGGGAGGGGGGGCUGGAGUGGGUGGAAAGCAUGCAGGAGAGGGGGAAGUGGGGCUGGAGUGGGUGGAAAGCAUGCAGGAGAGGGGGAAGGGGGGCUGGAGUGGGUGGAAAGCAUUUUGGAGAGGGGGAAGGGGGGCUGGAGUGGGUGGAAAGCAUGCAGGAGAGGGGGAAAGGGGGCUGGAGUGGGUGGAAAGCAUGCAGGAGAGGGGGAAUGGGGGCUAAGGUGGGUGGAAAGCAUGCAGGAGAGGGGGAAGGGGGGCUGGAGUGGGUGGAAAGCAUGCAGGAGAGGGGGAAGUGGGGCUGGAGUGGGUGGAAAGCAUGCAGGAGAGGGGGAAGGGGGGCUGGAGUGGGUGGAAAGCAUGCAGGAGAGGGGGAAGUGGGGCUGGAGUGGGUGGAAAGCAUGCAGGAGAGGGGGAAGUGGGGCUGGAGUGGGUGGAAAGCAUGCAGGAGAGGGGGAAGUGGGGCUGGAGUGGGUGGAAAGCAUGCAGGAGAGGGGGAAGGGGGGCUAAAGUGGGUGGAAAGCAUGCAGGAGAGGGGGAAGUGGGGCUGGAGUGGUUGGAAAGCAUGCAGGAGAGGGGGAAUGGGGGCUGGAGUGGGUGGAAAGCAUGCAGGAGAGGGGGAAGGGGGGCUAAAGUGGGUGGAAAGCAUGCAGGAGAGGGGGAAGGGGGGCUGGAGUGGGUGGAAAGCAUGCAGGAGAGGGGGAAGUGCGGCUGGAGUGAGUGGAAAGCAUGCAGGAGAGGGGGAAGGGGGGCUGGAGUGGGUGGAAAGCAUGCAGGAGAGGGGGAAGGGGGGCUGGAGUGGGUGGGUGGAAAGCAUGCAGGAGAGGGGGAAGGGGGGCUGGAGUGGGUGGAAAGCAUGCAGGAGAGGGGGAAAGGGGGCUGGAGUGGGUGGAAAGCAUUUUGGAGAGGGGGAAGGGGGGCUGGAGUGGGUGGAAAGCAUUUUGGAGAGGGGGAAGGCGGGCUGGAGUGGGUGGAAAGCAUGCAGGAGAGGGGGAAGGGGGGCUGGAGUGGGUGGAAAAGCAUGCAGGAGAGGGGGAAGGGGGGCUGGAGUGGGUGGAAAGCAUGCAGGAGAGGGGGAAGGGGGGCUGGAGUGGGUGGAAAGCAUGCAGGAGAGGUGGAAGGGGGGCUGGAGUGGGAGGAAAGCAUGCAGGAGAGGGGGAAGUGGGGCUGGAGUGGGUGGAGAGCAUGCAGGAGAGGGGGAAGGGGGGCUGGAGUGGGUGGAACGCAUGCAGGAGAGGGGGAAGGGGGGCUGGAGUGGGUGGAAAGCAUGCAGGAGAGGGGGAAGGGGGGCUGGAGUGGGUGGAAAGCAUGCAGGAGAGGGGGAAGUGGGGCUGGAGUGGGUGGAAAGCAUGCAGGAGAGGGGGAAGGGGGGCUGGAGUGGGUGGAAAGCAUUUUGGAGAGGGGGAAGGGGGGCUGGAGUGGGUGGAAAGCAUGCAGGAGAGGGGGAAAGGGGGCUGGAGUGGGUGGAAAGCAUUUUGGAGAGGGGGAAGGGGGGCUGGAGUGGGUGGAAAGCAUUUUGGAGAGGGGGAAGGGGGGCUGGAGUGGGUGGAAAGCAUGCAGGAGAGGGGGAAGGGGGGCUGGAGUGGGUGGAAAAGCAUGCAGGAGAGGGGGAAGGGGGGCUGGAGUGGGUGGAAAGCAUGCAGGAGAGGGGGAAGGGGGGCUGGAGUGGGUGGAAAGCAUGCAGGAGAGGGGGAAGUGCGGCUGGAGUGAGUGGAAAGCAUGCAGGAGAGGGGGAAGGGGGGCUGGAGUGGGUGGAAAGCAUGCAGGAGAGGGGGAAGGGGGGCUGGAGUGAGUGGAAAGCAUGCAGGAGAGGGGGAAGGGGGGCUGGAGUGGGUGGAAAGCAUGCAGGAGAGGGGGAAGGGGGGCUGGAGUGGGUGGAAAGCAUGCAGGAGAGGGGGAAGUGGGGCUGGAGUGGGUGGAAAGCAUGCAGGAGAGGGGGAAUGGGGGCUGGAGUGGGUGGAAAGCAUGCAGGAGAGGGGGAAGUGGGGCUGGAGUGGGUGGAAAGCAUGCAGGAGAGGGGGAAGGGGGGCUGGAGUGGGUGGAAAGCAUGCAGGAGAGGGGGAAAGGGGGCUGGAGUGGGUGGAAAGCAUUUUGGAGAGGGGGAAGGGGGGCUGGAGUGGGUGGAAAGCAUUUUGGAGAGGGGGAAGGGGGGCUGGAGUGGGUGGAAAGCAUGCAGGAGAGGGGGAAGGGGGGCUGGAGUGGGUGGAAAAGCAUGCAGGAGAGGGGGAAGGGGGGCUGGAGUGGGUGGAAAGCAUGCAGGAGAGGGGGAAGGGGGGCUGGAGUGGGUGGAAAGCAUGCAGGAGAGGGGGAAGGGGGGCUGGAGUGGGUGGAAAGCAUGCAGGAGAGAGGGAAGGAGGGCUGGAGUGAGUGGAAAGCAUGCAGGAGAGGGGGAAGGGGGGCUGGAGUGGGUGGAAAGCAUGCAGGAGAGGGGGAAGGGGGGCUGGAGUGAGUGGAAAGCAUGCAGGAGAGGGGGAAGGGGGGCUGGAGUGGGUGGAAAGCAUGCAGGAGAGGGGGAAGUGCGGCUGGAGAGAGGGGGAAUGGGGGCUGGAGUGGGUGGAAAGCAUGCAGGAGAGGGGGAAUGGGGGCUAAGGUGGGUGGAAAGCAUGCAGGAGAGGGGGAAGGGGGGCUGGAGUGGGUGGAAAGCAUGCAGGAGAGGGGGAAGUGGGGCUGGAGUGGGUGGAAAGCAUGCAGGAGAGGGGGAGGGGGGGCUGGAGUGGGUGGAAAGCAUGCAGGAGAGGGGGAAGUGGGGCUGGAGUGGGUGGAAAGCAUGCAGGAGAGGGGGAAGGGGGGCUGGAGUGGGUGGAAAGCAUUUUGGAGAGGGGGAAGGGGGGCUGGAGUGGGUGGAAAGCAUGCAGGAGAGGGGGAAAGGGGGCUGGAGUGGGUGGAAAGCAUGCAGGAGAGGGGGAAUGGGGGCUAAGGUGGGUGGAAAGCAUGCAGGAGAGGGGGGAGGGGGGCUGGAGUGGGUGGAAAGCAUGCAGGAGAGGGGGAAGUGGGGCUGGAGUGGGUGGAAAGCAUGCAGGAGAGGGGGAAGGGGGGCUGGAGUGGGUGGAAAGCAUGCAGGAGAGGGGGAAGUGGGGCUGGAGUGGGUGGAAAGCAUGCAGGAGAGGGGGAAGUGGGGCUGGAGUGGGUGGAAAGCAUGCAGGAGAGGGGGAAGUGGGGCUGGAGUGGGUGGAAAGCAUGCAGGAGAGGGGGAAGGGGGGCUAAAGUGGGUGGAAAGCAUGCAGGAGAGGGGGAAGUGGGGCUGGAGUGGUUGGAAAGCAUGCAGGAGAGGGGGAAUGGGGGCUGGAGUGGGUGGAAAGCAUGCAGGAGAGGGGGAAGGGGGGCUAAAGUGGGUGGAAAGCAUGCAGGGAGAGGGGGAAGGGGGGCUGGAGUGGGUGGAAAGCAUGCAGGAGAGGGGGAAGUGCGGCUGGAGUGAGUGGAAAGCAUGCAGGAGAGGGGGAAGGGGGGCUGGAGUGGGUGGAAAGCAUGCAGGAGAGGGGGAAGGGGGGCUGGAGUGGGUGGAAAGCAUGCAGGAGAGGGGGAAGUGGGUGGAAAGCAUGCAGGAGAGGGGGAAGGGGGGCUGGAGUGGGUGGAAAGCAUGCAGGAGAGGGGGAAAGGGGGCUGGAGUGGGUGGAAAGCAUUUUGGAGAGGGGGAAGGGGGGCUGGAGUGGGUGGAAAGCAUUUUGGAGAGGGGGAAGGGGGGCUGGAGUGGGUGGAAAGCAUGCAGGAGAGGGGGAAGGGGGGCUGGAGUGGGUGGAAAAGCAUGCAGGAGAGGGGGAAGGGGGGCUGGAGUGGGUGGAAAGCAUGCAGGAGAGGGGGAAGGGGGGCUGGAGUGGGUGGAAAGCAUGCAGGAGAGGGGGAAGGGGGGCUGGAGUGGGUGGAAAGCAUGCAGGAGAGAGGGAAGGAGGGCUGGAGUGAGUGGAAAGCAUGCAGGAGAGGGGGAAGGGGGGCUGGAGUGGGUGGAAAGCAUGCAGGAGAGGGGGAAGGGGGGCUGGAGUGAGUGGAAAGCAUGCAGGAGAGGGGGAAGGGGGGCUGGAGUGGGUGGAAAGCAUGCAGGAGAGGGGGAAGUGCGGCUGGAGUGA